AGCACUCUCCAAUGUCAGCCUCCUUCUUUCCACGCGCAUUGCGGCCUCCUUCAGGCUUUCGUACGCGCUGGGCCCUUCCUUUUCCAUAGCUCCCAAGAAGUAGUAUUCUGGCCAGUGUACUAUCUGCUCGUACAGCUGUUGCGCCCUUGUUGUCACUAGUGCCUUCUCAUCCAAUUCCGGAUAAGCCCUGGCCGACAACCUCUCCAGCUCGACGCAGUACUCCGCCACUGUUUGCGCCUCUGCCUUUUUCAGUCUUCUGAGUUUCCUAAGGCCGUUGUCCUCUCGGUCUUCCUCUCGACUCAAUUGGAUUUAGAGAAAGCAGCUACAAUACCCACAUAAGGCCCAUGCCUUACUUCCCUCGGAAGCGCCUCGUAUUGUGCUUUAGCCUUAUCACACAACUUAAACUUCAACAGCGCUUUCAGCUCCUUCUGGGACCAACUAUCUUCAGGUGGAUCUGAUCUGACACGACGUACCUGGGAUUGUUUCAUCAGUAAGCGGCAAUCCUUUCUUCUCUGCUGCCUGCUCGGCGCGCAAGUGGUCAAUCUCUCUCUGUCUUUCCUCGAGUUGGCGACUCUCGCACAAGGUCCUCAUCGGCCCACCCAGUGCACUUCUGCACCUCCUCGAGCACACUCGCUUUCUCUACGAGCUCUUUCACCACUUGCACCAUCUCCACACGUGAUCCGCAGCCCAAGGAAAUCAUAA